AUGUCCUCCUUCAAGUCUUCUAUCGCCCUGGCUGGUGCUUUCGCCAGCUCGGCUCUGGCUCACGGAACUGUCUCCGGCUUCGUGACCGAUGGAACCUGGAACCAGGGUUUCCUCUUGGACUACUACUACGAGAAGAUCAACUCGGGUUCCUUCCCCGACAUUGCCGCCUGGUACGCCGAGGAUACGGACAAUGGCUUCGUCUCCCCAAGCUCCUACGGCACCGCCGACAUCAACUGCCACAUCAACGCCGAGCCCGGCGCCCUGACCAAGUCCGUCAGUGCCGGUGGUACUGUGGAUUUCCAGUGGACCACCUGGCCUCACGGUAUCGGCCCGGUCCUCACCUACGUGGCUGCCUGCAACGGCGACUGCUCGGCCGUCGACAAGACUGCCCUCGAGUGGGUCAAGAUUGACGAGAGCGGUUACGAUACCAGCACCGAGACGUGGGCUGCUCAGGCUCUGAUCGACAACAACAGCACUUGGACCACCACUGUGCCGUCGACCUUGGCUGCCGGUAACUAUGUCUUCCGCCACGAGAUCAUUGCUCUCCACGGUGCUGGCUCCGAGGACGGUGCUCAGAACUACCCGCAGUGCUUCAACAUUGCCAUUACCGGCUCGGGUACGGACUCCCCCUCUGGUACCCUGGGUACUGCCCUGUACAAUGAGGAUGACCCUGGUAUCCUGUUCAACCCCUACACCACCAUCACCAGCUACACCAUCCCCGGCCCCGCUCUGUACACUGGUGGCUCUGGAUCCGGUUCCGGCAGUGCUGCCACCACGACUGCCGCCGCCGCCACCUCGUCCACUGCUGCCGCUGCCGCUACCUCCUCCGUUGCUGCUACUUCCUCGACUGCUGCUGCCGUGACUGAGGCUGCCACCGUUUCCUCUUCCUCGGCUGCUGCUCCCGCUACCACAUCCGCCGCUGCUGAUGAGGGUGACGACGAGGGUGAUGAUGACGACUCCUGCGAUGCUGACGACGAUGAGACCACAUCGGCCGUCGCUACGUCAGCUGCUCCUACCACUUUGGUGACCCGCACCAGUUCUGCAGCAGCCGCUACCUCGACUGCUGCGUCGUCCAGCGGUGGAUCGGUUGCCCUCUAUGGACAAUGUGGAGGUCUCACAUACACUGGCUCGACUACUUGCGCUUCGGGCACCUGCACGUAA